AUGGCUACCAGCAUGACCGACGGAGAUUUAGUUUGGAAAAGUAGUGGAUUCAUUUCUGGCGUAAUUUGCUGUAGGAACAUGUUUACCCAUACACACUGGAUACUUUUAUUUCUCCUCAUUACGGCGAGACAGUGUUGGGGCGAUGAAGGGUAUGAGAUGGAAGAGUUUCUGAAGAGGGAGUACUCGCUGAUAAAGCCGUACCAAGGUUUGGGCUCCUCAAGCUCUUCCCACUGGGAUCUCAUGGGUACUGCCAUGAUAACCACAGACCAUGUGCGCCUGACGCCAGAUUUGCAGAGCAGGCAGGGGGCAGUGUGGAGCCGCAUUCCCUGUUAUCUACGUGACUGGGAGCUCCAUGUUCACUUCAAGAUUCAUGGCCAGGGGAAGAAAAACCUAAAUGGUGAUGGGUUGGCAUUGUGGUACACUAAGGAGCGCAUGCAGACCGGCCCAGUGUUUGGUAAUAUGAACCUCUUCACUGGCCUUGGGGUGUUUGUGGACACAUACCCCAAUGAGGAGAAACACCAAGAGGCGCAGAAGAAGUAUACCCUUCACACACAGCGGAUCUUCCCAUACGUGUCGGCGAUGGUGAGCAACGGCAGUCUUAGCUAUGACCACGAGCGGGACGGGCGUCCGACAGAGCUGGGCGGGUGCACCGCUAUCGUGCGCAACCUCAACCACGACACCUUCCUGCUGAUCCGAUACGCCCGCCGCAGACUGACGGUCAUGAUUAACAUCGAAGGGAAGCAAGAGUGGCGUGACUGUCUGGAUGUGCCAGGAGUGCGGCUGCCUCAGGGCUACUUCUUUGGGGCCUCGUCCAUCACUGGAGACCUGACAGACAACCAUGAUUUGAUCUCUCUGAAGCUGUACCAAUUGACAGUACCACGCAGUGAGCAGCAGGAGGAGGAAGAAGAGAGAGAGGAAAUCACAAUUCCCAGUGUGGACAACAUGGAACUGCUCAAUGUGGAGAUUCAGGAAGAAGGAACGAGUGGAGUCACCUUGUUCUUCACAGUCCUCUUCUCCUUGUUGGGCAUCUUUGUGCUGGUGGUUGUUGGCCUCGUCUUGUACAGCCGCUGGAAGGAGAACAGUCGUAAGCGGUUCUACUGAGACAUAAAGAAUGGCCUUUUCGUCUUAUGGCAAGAACGAAAAUGUGAUAACUAUUUACCAACGCACUGAGAGACAAUACUGGUCUCAUCAUCACAACCAAGAGAACUGACCCCCCCAGCCUUCAUGCCAACCACCCUCCCACAGCUGCCCCACCCCUGGUUUUAACCCCAAGGUUGAUAGGAGGAACUGUGAUGUUUCUGCCUCCUUCCCUUUCAGGCCAUCCCCACAAAUGCAUUUGAGUCCAAAUGAGAAGAAUCUUUCACAGAAAAAGCCAAUUGGCUGUCUGCACCAUUGCUGUUAUGUGGUACUUGAGAGUAUGGUCAUGUUAUGGAAUGUGGGAAUUGCCAAGAUGGGUCUGCACUGACACAGAUCGAUCCAAGACCUGCGGCUUUUCCCACAUGCCAGUCAUUUGUGUUCUUAACUGAUGCUGAUGUUGCCAAUUGUGUGUCAGCUUUCACAUAGACAUUUUGCCUGGCUGCGCAUGCCAGUGUCCCAUUUUGACAAAGCUAGUUUUUAUUUGAAGGAGGCAUGAAUACACCGUGAUGUUUGGAAUAACGUAGCCAUGUAAGGCAAAAAUUAUUUUUACACCUUCGGGAGGCCUGCCUUUCCCCCCACUCAUAUUGUUCUUCAUUUUCAAGAAAACGGCAAAGUUCAGGAUAUGAAAGUAAUGUUUUAUACAAGAAGAACUACAGCACAGGUAUAGUGAAUGCAUCAUUAUCUGUAAUUUUAGGUCGUUUCUUUGGCCAAUGGAGACCCUAAUAGUACAUACUUAAAAUGAUUGUGCUGUGCUAGACGAUGGGGUACCUUAUGACUCUAUGGCUUGGAAGCCACUUUGUUUGCUACAGGUUUAUCACAGUACCUCAUACCUCUGAAGGGCCCGCUGUAUUAUGACUAGUAUUGUGCCACGAGGGGUGAAAAGGAAAACUACAUUAGAAAAGCCCCUCAUAUUAAUUUAGAACUUUCUUUUCCCAUUUUGAUUUUACCUGGAAAUCCUGGAAGUUUUUGUUUUCUUCUGUAGAUGUUUAAGUCAUUUUUGUAAGACAGUUAAGUCACCUUAAUGAUUUCUGUCAAAAUGUAUGUUGGUGCGGGUGAAAAUUCAGUCCCUUUGUAGGUAAUCAAAUCAUGAUAUAGUCUGUGAUUGUGAAGGACAGGGUUUUAUUCUGUGUACUAAUGCUUAGUGUGAAGGGACAGUUCCCCUUCUUGCGCUUCAUGUUGUUUGAGAGUAUGGGGACCUCCCAAUCCAGUACAUUUGGCUGCAGCAGCUGUUUUUAAUCACAUAAUGUUUACCAACAACCAUAGUGAAGGCAGUCCAGUUAGUCAGUCCUGUUUAGCUUGUGAUUAGGCUUUAGAGAGUUUAGCCUAAUUAGAUGCUAGUAGCCAAAUGUGUCUAGGCUGGAAUUUGAAUCGGAGCUUUGAAGUAACUGCUAACCACCUACAGAAACUAGUUUUUGGUGCUGCAAGUGGUAUUCAAGAUGGCAAACAUUGACAUAUUGUUUAAAGCUGGUUUGUACUUUGUUUUGUUUUAGUAGUUUAGGAUUAU